CGAAUCAGUUGGACGUCUUGCAUUGACUGACCUGCCAUUGGCCGUUCCUUCUCCGUCACCAGGCGUCAUGAUAUCGAGGAACCAGCUUGAGAUUUUUCGGAUGAUGUUGUAUCUGACUUUCCCAGUUGCUAUAUUCUGGGUAGCAAAUCAGACAGAACUUUUUGAAAAAUAUGCAAUUGCAAGCAAGAUCUUUCAACCUCUAAAUGAAGAGCAGAGAAAAGAUCGAGACGCCUUUAGAAAAAGGCUGCAGGAGAUGAAUGAGAAGAAGAUGCUGGAGAUGGCUAAAAAAUAAUGGACUGGUAUUCUCCCUUUAAUUCCAAAAGAUUUUGGGCAACGAAAUGAAGGGGUUUGUAUUCCACAAAAAAAUUCUGUACAUAUCUAAGAUAUUUUGGGGAUAAGAAUAAAGAAAAUUUGAUUUUUUUUCAGUUGUGAUCAGCCUCUUGUAAUGUAUAAUCAUUAAACUUAAUCAUUAAGUUGGCAACUAUCUCAUGUGAAUCACCUUGACUAAAGCAGCAUAUAGUAAAAUUAUAUUACUCA